AUGCAGGGCAAUGCAGGGACAAAAACGACUCUCCUCUGUCUCCCUCCCGAACUCCACCUCCUCAUCGGCACCUACCUCUCAUUCCCCGACAUCGUCUACUUUCGCAUAACCUGCGCAUAUUUAUACUCUCUCCUCCCAUCCCUCACUCACGCGCAACUUCUCCUAGCCGAAACCACCGAGUUCGCUUUAUCUAAGGACAUCUACGCAUGCCGGUACUGCCUGCGUCUGCGCCCCGCAUCGCGCUUUGCGGAUCGGAUGCGCAGACGCAGACGGGGCAAGUUCGGUCGGGACGCGGAGAAGCGGUUUUGUGUCGAGUGCGGGCUGCAGCCGAGGAAGGGGACGGAUGGAGAGGCGAGGUAUGGACCUGGGGCGCAGAUGCGGAUCGAUGGGGUUCUGUAUGUGAUUUGUAUAACUUGUCGGAGGUUUGGGCCGAUGUAUGCGGGUGGGAUUUUGUGUCAAGAAUGUGGGCUGAAGAGGGAGAGGGUGCGGCGGCGGGAAAUAUUACUAAAGGGGAGAGCUUUGGGUCUAUACCCCGAGGCUACGGAUGAAGGGUAA